GAAGUACUUCCUGGGGUAAAGGUCGCUCCAAGCAAGAUGGCGGCUCCGCUGGAGCUUAGCUGCUGGGGAGGCGGCUGGGGGCUCCCAUCGGUACACAGCGAGUCUCUGGUGGUGAUGGCUUAUGCCAAAUUUUCUGGUGCACCCUUGAAAGUCAGAGUCAUAGACAACACUUGGAGAGGUUCUAGAGGCGAAGUACCAGUUUUGAGAACUGAUGACGACAUUGUUUCUCAACCUGCAAAAAUACUAAAUUUUUUAAGAAAACAGAAAUAUAAUGCUGAUUUUGAACUGUCAGCCAAACAAGGGGCAGAUACACUGGCUUACAUUGCUCUCCUUGAAGAAAAGCUUCUUCCUGCUUUGCUCCACACAUUCUGGGUAGAGAGUGACAAUUACUUUACUGUGACAAAGCCAUGGUUUGCUUCACAAAUUCCUUUUCCCUUGAGUUUGAUCCUUCCUGGAAAGAUGUCUAGGGGAGCACUGAAGAGGAUUCUCCUGACCAGAGGAGAGCCUCCUUUCUACCACGUUCAAGAAGUAGAAACACAGAUAUACAGCGAUGCCAAGGAAUGCCUAAACCUUCUAUCAAACAGAUUGGGAACAUCUCAGUUUUUUUUUGGAAAUACGCCUUCUACCUUGGAUGCCUAUGUGUUCGGUUUUCUUGCACCUCUUUAUAAAGUACAGUUUCCUAAAGUUCAGUUACAAGAGCAUCUGAAACAGCUUUCCAACCUCUGUCAGUUUUGUGAUGACAUCCUAAGUAGUUACUUUAGGCUUGGUCUUGGAGGCAUCUCUCCAGCUGGACAAGAAACAGUAGAUGCAAAUCUGCAGAAACUCACACAACUUGUAAAUAAGGAAUCCAACUUGAUUGAAAAGAUGUGGAUACUGAAGCUAUGGAACUAACUUAAAUCAACUACCAGGGUUGCUCACCUGCCAAAAAGUACGGCGUGAACUUGAGCCAUAGAAAUGGAACUCUAGCAUGAGCCUUGCAUUAGUUAUUCUCUCCAGUGGUCAACCGUCUUAGCUUGUAACCGAGAUUAUGUGUCUGUUGCUAGAGGUGCCAGCCAGUCAUCCUCUAGGAUGACCACUUAAUUGCUUUUAUAGUUUUUCAUGUGUUGUUAUAAUUUGAGAAGUAAAUAAAACUGGAUAGUAACAUUGUAAGCAUUUAUAAUUAAUGAAAUUUUGGUAAGUUGCAUUAAUUUUGGUAAGAAUUGAUUUGGUCUAUCUCAGUACUUUGCUCAGUUCAAGAAACCUUAUGAUGAAAGUAUAUGAAGUAUGAAGUGCAUGUAAAAGAAAGAACAGUUGCCUACUAGAUGAAGGCUAUCUAGUGUGGUUUACGUUUUCUAUAUCUGACAAAUCCAGGCCAAAUAUGGAAGGGACACCGAAAUACCUGCUGUACAGAAGGUAAAACCAAGGGCACCUGAGCUCAUCAAUUUAUGAAGGUGUUCUUGACCUAUUUCAGUCAGGCAUUCCCUUCCCUCCACUCUGCACUCAUUCAUCUCUCCUUAACAAAGGGAAAUGUGUGAUUUACUGGUUGCUACAAGACAGUAGCAGCAGAUUCUGUUGUCCAUUACUGUUUACAAUUUGAACAGAAAAUCCAGAGCUGUUAAAAAAAUCAUAUUUGAGGAAUUUAGCAAGAAAGAAAAGAUAUCUUUUUUUUAAAUUUUAUUUUAAAGAGGGUAAAACUAAACGUAACAAGGCAGAUCAUAAGAAAACAAUGUAAGUGACACAGAUUUCAAAGCAAGACAACAAGAGAUCAUCACUGUCUCUCAUAUUGGCUCUUGGCUCUUGUUUUUUUAAAUAGUCGUCCGUAUCUUCACACACAAUGAAUUCAUACAAAACAAAAACAGUAUUAAACUGAUCAGAACAGAAUGAUGAAGGCAUGUUAGACCUUCAAAACCAGAUAAUCUUAACACAGUCUAGCGGGAAAAAAAAUUCGUAAGAACAUCUUGGAAGAAGAGGGAGAUUUUUUAAUAUCCUGCACUUAUGUAAAACUCUAAAAAAAAAGCCUACUUAUCAAGUAGGGAUUAGGAUUCUAAUAAUUUCCUCUUGGUUUUGUGUUUUUGGAUAGCAGUUACUUUCAAGUACUGAAGGUUAAACUGAACAUUAAUUUACCAUCAAGAUCUGUUUGUAGAGUACUGUAGUUAAAAGUAGUUUUCAAGGAUCUGAGUUAUAAAUAAUCUAGAUUCUACUAUUUCUAGCAGUGUUAAUAUGCCUUUCUUUGGGAUAAACCUGAAGUUCUUGGGCAUUUUCUUUUUUAUAUUACUUUUAUUUUAUCUUUUUUUAUUUAAGAGAAAGAAACAAAAGAAAAAUAAAAAGAAACAGAGAUAAGCAAACAACAACAAACCCAAAACAAUAACACUAUAGGUUUCAAAACAAGAUGAUAGGAAUGUAACAGUGGUUGUAAUAUUGCAUAUUGUUACCUUCAAAAGGAUCGCUUAGAUUACCCGAUAUAGACAUACAGAAUUGAUCUAAUCAUGUGAAUUACUAACUGUUCUUUUCCAAGAACUAAUACAAUUAGUAGUAUAUAGUCAUUUUAGCUAUCUUAUGUAUGUAUAUACAAACUUAUGUCUUUUUCCUUUCUUCUUUCCUCUUUUCCCCUAUCCCAGUUACUUUUCCUCUUUGAAUUUCCUGCCCUUACACAAUAUUUAUUGUAGAUUUUGGAUCAUAUUUGCUCUCAGUUUUUUAUACUAGGGAGACAGUAUGGUAUUUACACAUGUGAGUUUGAUUUAUUUAUGAGUAUGGUCUCAAGUCACAUUCAUUUACUUAUAAAAGCCUCAAUGUAAUCUUUCUUUAUAGCUAAAUAGUACUCCAUUAUAUAAAAAAUACCACAUCUUUUUUAUCCAUUCCUCGAUUUAUGGGCACUUGAGUUGUUUACAAGAUUUGGCUGUUACAAAUUGUGCUGCUAUAAACAUGGGUACACAUGUAUCACUAUGGUAUGAUUUCAAUUCUUCUGGGAAAAUGUUCAAAAGUGGGAUAGCUGGAUCAAAUGGAGUCUCUCUAAUCCUAGCUUUUUGAGGAAUCUCCAUACUGAUUUCCACAGUGGUUGCACCAGCCUAUACUCCCACCAACAGUGGUGAAAAGUUCCUUUUUCCCCACAGCCUCUAUAUCAUUUGUUUUGGGUUGAGAUCUUGACCUUGGCCAUUCUUUCUGGAGUGAGAUGGAAUUUCAGUGUUGUUUUAGUUUGUAUUUCUCGAAUGACCAAUGAUGUUGAAUAUUUUUUCAUAUAUUUGUCAUUUGUAUUUUUUCAUCUGAGAAGUAUGUAUUCAUUUCAGGUACCCAUUUUUGGGUUGGAUCUUUGAAUUUUAGGACCUGAUUUUUAAAAUUUUUUUAUAUGUUCUAGAUAGAAGUCCUUUGUCUGAGGGACAGUUGGCUAGGAUAUUUUCUCAAUCCAUGGGUUUUCUUUUCACUCCGUUGGAGAGUGAAAAGUUUUACAUGUAUGCAAAAACUUUUUAGUAAGACAAGAUCUCAGUUUUGGAUUCUGGGAAGUAUUUUACAUGCAGUUUGAUAUCUGUUCAUGAACCUUCUGUCUACUUCUGUGUUAAGAUUUCUACCAAGUUUGUCUGCCAGCAGAUUUAGUGUUACUGUUCUAAUAUUUGGAUCUUUGAUCCAUUUUGACUUUAGUUUAAUGCAUUGUGAUAGACAUGAGUCUAAUUUUAGUUUUCAGCAUAUGGAAAGCCAGUUUUUCCAGCACCACUUAUUAAAGAGACUAUCUUCCUUCCAGUGAACACAUUUUGCCCCUUCGUUGAAGAUGAGGCAGCUGAGUCUCUUUGCAGUUGUGUCUGUAUCUUCUAAUCUAUUCCAUUAAUCUUCAAGUCUGAUUUCAUUCUGGUACCAUGCUGAUUUUAUCACAGUUUGUAGUAUAAUUUCAAGUUGGGGAUUGUGAUGCCUCCUGCCUUGCCUUUGUUGCCCUGAACUGCCUUUGCUAUUCUAGGUCUCUUCUGAUUCCAGAUGAAUUUUAGAAAUGAUUUCUCUAGAUCUGUGAGGUAUGCAAAUGAUAUUUUUAUUGGGAUUGGAUUAAAUCUGUAUAACAGUUUUGGGAGCACAGCCAUUUUCACAGUAUUUACUCUUCCUAUCCAUCAACAUGCAAUGGCUUUGCAAUUUCUGAAAUGUUCUUCAAUUUCCUUUUUCAAUGUGAUGUAAUUUUCCAUGUAUGGAUCUUUUACUUUCUUUGUCAGAUUCAUUCCUAAGAAUUUCUUUCUUUUUUUGUUUGGUUUGGAUGCUAUAGUGAAGGGUGUGGUUUUCUUUAUUUCUCUCUGAGUGAGUUUGUUGUUUGUAUAUAGGAAUGCUAUUGAUUCUUUUGAGUGUUGACCUUGUAUCCAGUUAUCUUACUGAAUUUGUUUAUUAUAUCUAGAAGUCUUUCAGUGGAGUUUUGGGGGUCUUCUAUAUAAAGUAUCAUACCAUCUGCAAAUAAUGAUAAUUUAGCUUCUUCCUUUUCUAUCCUUAUUUGUUUUAUUUUAUCUCUCUUAUCUAAUUGUUCCAGCUAAUGUUUCCAGAAUUAUAUUAAAUAGGAGUGGUGGUAGUGGACAUCCUUGUCUUGUUCCUGACUUUAGGUUGAAAACUUUCAGUUUUUGUCCAUUUAAGUAAGAUGUUGGCUGUUGGUUUAUUGUGUAAGGCUUUUAUCAGAUUGAGGUAAAGACCAUCUAUUUUGAUUUUCUCUAGGGUUUUUAUAAUGAAUGAGUGUUGGGUUUUGUUGAAAGCUUUUUCUACAUCUGUUGAGAUGAUCAUGUGAUUCUUGUCUUUGGUGUAUUACAUUUAUUGAUUCACAUAUGUUGAACCACCCCUAUAUUCCUGGAAUGAAUUCCACUUGAUCGUGAUGUAUAAUCUUCUUGAUGGUUUGUUGCAUUCUAUUUGCCAAUAUUUUACUGAGGAUUUUUGCUUUUAUGUUCAUUAGGGAGAUUGGCAUAUAAUUCUCUUUUUGCUUGAGUAUUUCUCCGGGUUUGCUAUUAGGGUAAUACUUACUUCCAGAAAUGAGUUAGGGAGAAUUGCUUCCCUUUUAAUUUCCUUGAAGAGUUUAAAGAGUGUUGACUUAUCUUGUAGAAUUCAACAGUGAAUCCACCAGGACCUGGGCUUUUCUUCGUUGAUAGGGUUCUAAUUACGUUUUCAAUUUCAUUAACUGAAAUUCAGUUUUUCAGCAGUUUUACAACUUCUUGAUCCAGCUUUGGCAAUUCAUAGGUUUCUAGGAAUCUGUCCAUUUCUUCUCUGUUACUGAACAUAUGAGAGUAAAGGUUUUUAAAGUUAGGUAUUUAUGAUCUUCUGUAUUUCCACAGGGUCUGUAGUGAUUUCACCCUUUUCUUAUUGCAUGGAUUUGAGUUUUGUCUUUCUUCUUUUUUUAAUGAGAUCGGCUAGAGGUUUGUCAGUUUUAUUUAUUCUUUCAAAAAAAACCAACUCUUUGAAUCAUUGAUUCUUUGUGUAUUGUUCUCUUAGUUUCAAUUGCAUUAAUUUCCACUCUGCUCUUUAUAAUUUCCUCUCUUCUUUGGGCUUUGGGCAUAACUUGCUUUUCAUUUCUUAGAAUUUUGAGGUACAGCAUUAGGUUGUUUAUUUGUGUUUAUUCCAUUUUCCUAAUGUGAGAGUUUACCACUAAACUUCCCUCUGAGGACUGCUCUCAUUGUGUCCCACAGGUUCCAGUAAAUUGUAUUUGCAUUUUCAUUUAACUGUAGAUAUUGCUUAAUUUUUUCUUUAAUUUCUUCUGUGACCCAUUGGUUGUUUAGGAGAGUGUUAGUUUUCUUGUGUUUAUGGGGUUCUUUUGGAAUUUUUUUGUAUUAAUUUCCAAUUUCAUGGCACUAUGGUCAGAUAACAUACAUGAGAUUGUUUCAGUUCCUUUGCAUUUACUUACGCAUGUUCUGUGGGCUAGUGUAUGAUUUAUUUUAGAGAAUGGCCCAUGUGCAGCUGAGAAGAAUGUUUAUUGUGAUGUUACUGUGUAGAACACUCAGUACCCAUCUACUUGGUCCCUUUGUUCACAAGUUUGAUCCCAUUCUUUUAUUUCUUUUCUGAUUUUUUGUUUGAUUGGCCUGUUUCAUUUUGACAAUGGGGUGUUAAGGUCUCUCAUUAUAUUAUUGCUUAUGUGAGUUUUCAUGUCUAUUAAGAUUUGGCUGCAUAGUUGGGUACUCUCAUAUUUGGAGCACAUAUAUUUAUGAUUGUAAUCUCCUUCCUCAAGUUUUCCUCUUAACAAUUAUGUAGUGACCUUCUUUAUCACUUUUGAUCAUUCUUGGUUUGAAGCUUACACUGUCUGCAAACAGAAUAGCUGCCUCUCCUCUGUUCUGGGCUCCUGUUGCAUAGAGUAUUGCUUUCUGUCUCUCCUUUUGAGUUAAAUGUGUUUCUUGUGCACAGCACAAUGUUGAAUUUUGUUUCUUAAUCCACUCUACCAGUCUGUUCCUUUUUAUUGGUCAGUUGAGACCAUUGACAUUGAUAAUAUAACUGAUAUGUACUGACUUGUCUACUUUUUCUGGUUUAGUUGUUUGCCCUGCUUUGUGGUUUCCUCAUGCUGAUAUUCUUGAAAUUGUUACCUUUAUCUCUUCCUAGAGUAUCUUUCAGUACUCUUUGUAGUGUUGGUUUGUGGCCAUGAAUUUCUUAAGUUGCUCUUUGUUGUGGGAGUAUCUUAUUUCUUCAUCAAUUUUCAAUGAUAGUUUUGCAGGGUACAUCAGUCUGGGUUGAAACUUGUUUUCUUUUAGGACUUGAAAUACUUCACGACAAGCUUGACUUUAAGGUUUGUGUUGAGAAGUCUGCUGUUCUUCUGAUAGGCUUUCCUUUGUAGUUGAUCUGUUUGUUUACUCUGACAGCUUUUAGUAUUCUGUCCUUCUGCUGAUUUUCUGAUAUCUAAUUAUGUCUGGGUAAAGAUUUAUUUUGGUUACAUCUAAUUGGGGUUCUGUAUGCCUCAUGUAUCUGCAUACCAGAUUCUUUUCCCAUGUUUGGAAACUUUUCUGCUACUAUUUCUGUAAGUAGUCUUUGCAUGUCAUUUGUGGUAACCCUUGUUUUUUCAUUGACACCAGCUUCUUAUAUUGUUUCUCUUUGUAUCAUCUUGCAGCUGUUGAAUUGUUGUUUCCUGGUUCAUUGAUAUUUUUAAGAGAUCUUCCAUUCUGUCUUCAAGGUCUGAGAAUCUACCUUUAGCUUCAUUCAAGCAGAUUAGCCACAUUUCAGUGAGAUUUUUAAUUUGCUGAAUAUCCCUUUGAAUCUGUUUCAUGCAUUUUAAUUCUAUCUUACAUUGUUCAUUCAAGGUUUCCAUUAUUUUGUUGUCUUCCUCUAUUUUUUUAUCUAGAUCUUCUUUAAAUACACUCAACAUUUCUUUUAUAAUGUUUGUCAUUUCCUUUUUUACCUGAGAGAUUAUUUCUCAUCUUAUUUCCUCUGUAGCUUUAUGGAGUUGUUUCUUUACUUCAGUUGCUAUCAUUUCAGACAGUUCAGUUGUAUGAUUUCCAGUGUCUUCUUUUCAACAUCUCCUGGAUUUAUUCUCAGUUGGCUGGAGGACUGAAACUGUAUCUUGCUCUUUCAUUUUGUCAUUUUCCUCUGGUAUGUAUGUGAUUGGCCAGGUAUCCUCCCAAUGGAUUGCACUGGAGUACAGCACUGGCAGAGCUUUGCUACCACAAUAUCCCUGUGGCUAACCAGAGUGCACCCUUGACUUGUGCUGUGUGAUCUGUGAGGCUGGCCAGGCCUUCCCCUUAUGGAUUGCACUGAGACACUGGGCUAGAAAGAGCUCAAACCCUCUAGCUAGUAGCAGUGCUCCCCUGGAAUGUGUCAAUGGGGCCUUUGCCUGGCUGGUUGCAGUUCAGAAUCUCCAGGACCCAGUAGCUAACAUGGACACACCCCCAGAGUGUGUUGCUGAAGUCUUGUGCCUGGCUGGGUGGAGUUUGGAACCUCUGGGACCCAUGUGGCUAGCUGGGAUGAAGCAUUUUCUUAGUAUGCUUAUAUUAAUUCAUUUCUUUAAGGCAGGCUUGAACUGAUUGAGUGUUGGAGGAUGUGUGGAUUAGGUAUAAACUAUUUGUCUUUCUACCUCUUUUUCUAACUUCCGUUGGUCUACAUACUCUCAACUUGAAAGAACUGGUCUUUUUGAGUAGAGUACAGGUCAUUUUCUUUGAGGCAAAAAGUUGAAAGAAUAGUUGUGUUACAAUAAAAAAACAUGUGUUCAAGUUUCAGCUCUCAUAGUAGCUUUUGUAUCUGAGACAAAUCACUUGUUUCUGAGCCUCAUUUUGCUAAUGUGUACAUCAAGGAAGGACUGUGUUGGCUGUCCUCUUCAGCAUAUUGGGAAAAUCAAAUGCAGCAUUGGGCCUACAUAAACUUUGUAAACUUUGGGGCUCAGUAUAAUAGAAUUAGUGUUUUUACUCUGUUUGAAGACCUUAAACUGAUCCGUGGGUGAGUUCAUUUGCAUUUUGUCGAAUUACUGUAAACUGUGAAAGUAUUAAGGGUGAGUCACAUUGCUUUCUAGAUAGUCCAUAGGUAUUAGUGAUAUGAUAUUUACCAUUCUUGAGAGAUCAUUUGUAGAAAGAGGUUUCUGAGGUAGUCCGACAACAUAUGAUAAUGCAUUGUUCCAGGCUAUAAUUUGGAAGGGAAGGCCACAAUCUGCAGAAGUAGGGCCACAGCUCAGUCAGAUGUAUCCUUUGUACUUC